AUGGCUCUCGUAGACUACGAGUCCGAUUCAGAGGGCUCUGCAUCGCCGACCGACACUCCUGCAAGGAAGAAGCCAAGAACGGGUUCCCCAGGCCCAAGUGCCGGCCUUGAUCCUAGCUCCGGCUCCGGCUCCGGUUCCAGCUCCACUCAUGACCCCCUCCGAACGCUGAAUGACACAAUAGCGACCUCCACAACCACUACCACAACCGCAUCAUCUCUCCCCCCUCUCCCGGCCUCUUUCCACGACCUCUACGCCUCCACCGUCCGCACCACCACCUACGACGAUCCCUCGCUGCACCAAGGCCGCACCCGCCAAAACCCCCACGUCCACGGCCACUGGCCCAGCCACAUCUACAUCGAAUGGCACCCGCCGCGCUCGAUUCACGCCUCCCUCUCCGCGCAACUCGCGCGCCUCCAGUCCCAGACAAAGUCGGCAACGGGAGAUGACGUCACCAGCUUCCUAACCAGUGGCCUCGCCGCACCUUUGCCGCUGCACAUCAGCUUGUCGCAGCCGAUUGUGCUCUCGUCGGAGACCAAGGAGGCGUUUCUACGGGAUGUCCAGGCCGCGGUGGCGGCGGAUGUGCCUGUGUUUGAAUUGCGCGGGGAUAGGGUAGAGUGGCAUCGCACAGUGGAGAGUGGUCGGUCGUUUUUAGUUUUACGGGUGCGGAGUCUAGGCGCUGCUGAUGAGGACGAGACCCUGAACUUGAACCCGAACCCGAACCUAAACCCAAACCCGGAAUUAACGAGCCUGCUGAAACAGUGCAAUGCGGUAGUGGAGAAAUAUGGGCAGCCAGGACUGUACCAGUGGGCGGAGGAGGAGGGUGGGAAAGAAAGGCGGAAAAGGGGUGUUGGGAACGCAUUUCACAUCUCUAUAGCGUGGUCGUUUGCGGAGCCGACGGAGGAGCUUGUUGACUUGACUCGUCAGGUGUUUGAUCAUGACAUUGGGUCAAGCACGGGUGUCCGAGAGGUGCGUGUUCCCGUUGAAGGGGUCAAGGUUAAAAUUGGGAACGUUGUUACCCAUGUUCCUCUCGUAAAACCUGGGAGAAGGGGUGGUGCAGAGGGUAGAAGGAAUCUACUUGGGUUAUGA